AUGCAGGGGCUCUCCUGCGACUCAGACUGUGGCGGGAUCUCGUGGGACUAUGAGUUCCAGCAGCUUACAUUCAGUGGGGGCCUGUAUGGCGCAUUGCUAGGUGUCGGCCUGCUUCUGUCCAUAACAGCAGCGACGUCCAACUUGGAUUCAUGGCGGCUGAGAUUGGAGCUGCAAUGCCUGAGGCUAAACACAUCGAAGUUUUGGCUUGGGCUCGACUUUGCGCUCGCCAUGAUCCAGUCCAUCCACUUCUGUGUGCGAACGUACACGACUUCGCUGCCCUUUGUUGGCUUCAUCCUGGAAGCCAUCCCCGCAUUCUACUUCCUUUGUUAUUUGCUGCCUUUCUGGGGCUUUGCCCACUGCGAGGGAAUCCUCUCAGGAUUCUACUGGAUGCUAUUCGAUCGGGCGAUUCCAGACUCGAUCCUGAUAGGAUCGAUAGCUAGCCUGCCCGUGGCAGAGUUCGAGGGCAAGAAGACGUGGUUCGCGCCCUCCUGGCUGGCGGCGCUGCAUCUUCUGCGGUCCUGGAGCAAGAUCCUCAGAGUCUACAAGAUCAACCUAGAGAUGUUCCGCAACCAGCUGCUGGACAUCCUGAUCUCUACGUUCUUCAAGGUGUAUCUCAUGGCCAUGAUGAUGCUCACCUUCGAAAACCUCGGCGAUCCGCCUUUCUUUGUGGAGUUCUCCCAG